GUAUAUCAUGGGUCCUUAACUACCUUCUCUCUGUAAACCGCACUGAGAUAAUGAUGCAUUUAUUACUUGCACGUCAGUAGCCGCCAUCCUCUACGCACCUCCAUGUCAGCAGAUUCAAGCACUAUUUAAACUGAUUUGUGAUCAUAUCAAAUUCUUCAACAUUAUGAAGGAUUGAAAUACACAAUAAAAAUUUAAUCUUUUUCUUUUUCAGGAUUUGAAGCAAAAUGGCUCAGGAAGUCUCCAAUGGGAAUCAUAACUCCUCUACAAAGCCCCCUCCAACCCCAUCUCCUCUAAGGUUUUCCAAGUUUUUCCAGUCCAACUUGAGAAUUCUGGUUACUGGUGGAGCUGGAUUCAUUGGCUCCCAUCUAGUGGAUAAGUUGAUGGAGAAUGAAAAGAAUGAGGUUAUCGUGGUGGAUAACUACUUCACUGGCUCCAAGGACAAUCUCAAGAAAUGGAUUGGUCAUCCAAGAUUUGAGCUUAUCCGUCAUGAUGUAACGGAGCCACUGCUAGUUGAGGUUGAUCAGAUAUACCAUCUGGCUUGUCCUGCUUCACCAAUCUUUUACAAAUACAAUCCUGUCAAGACAAUAAAGACAAAUGUGAUCGGUACAUUGAAUAUGUUGGGACUUGCAAAACGAGUUGGAGCAAGAAUUUUGCUCACGUCCACCUCUGAAGUAUAUGGAGAUCCACUUGAGCAUCCCCAGACUGAGAAUUACUGGGGAAAUGUUAACCCCAUUGGAGUUAGGAGUUGCUAUGAUGAAGGGAAGAGAGUAGCUGAAACUCUGAUGUUUGAUUAUCACCGGCAGCAUGGCAUAGAGAUAAGGAUUGCAAGAAUUUUCAACACCUACGGACCCCGCAUGAACAUUGAUGAUGGUCGUGUAGUCAGCAAUUUCAUUGCUCAAGCAAUCCGUGGUGAGUCAUUGACUGUUCAGUUACCUGGAACACAAACAAGAAGUUUCUGUUAUGUUUCUGAUAUGGUUGAUGGCCUCAUUCGACUUAUGGAAGGAGAGCACACUGGGCCAAUCAAUAUUGGAAAUCCAGGUGAAUUUACAAUGCUUGAACUUGCAGAGGCCGUUAAGGAGCUCAUCAAUCCCGAGGUUGAAAUUGCAAAGGUGGAAAAUACUCCUGAUGAUCCUCGCCAGAGGAAACCAGACAUAUCGAGAGCAAAGGAACUGCUAGGAUGGGAGCCAAAGAUCAAACUGCGUGACGGCCUUCCCCUUAUGGAAGAGGAUUUCCGCCAGAGGCUUGGCAUUCCCAGGAAGAAUUAAAUGCUUUAGUACCAUCUUCAACUACAAGGCUAUAGUCGGACUUAUGUUCUGUGAGGACAGGGGCUUCAGAGAAGUUCAUGUAGUUCCUAAUGCAUCUUGUCAACUGCAUAAUUCAUAUGGUUUUUCAUUUUAUGAUUUUCUUAUGUUACUGCAUAUGCAAAAGAGCUUUCCCAUCGCAAUGUCAGAAGAAAUUAUUUGUGAAAAUGGAAAUGAAUUCCAGAAAGCUAC